AUGCCCGCAGACUACCAAUCUACGGCACGGGCAUUGGCUCUGUCAACAUCACCUCAACCAUUAUCUCCGUCUCCCGACAGCGAUGUUCAUCCGCUCUGGAGUCGACCCGGAGGUCGGAACUCCGUCCGCUGGGCUGGCGGACAGGCGGCCACCCUUCGUAACCAGAUGGUCGAUCGAGGAGCUGCACUGUCGCGCCGCAUAAAUGGCGUGUGGGAGAAGCUGAGUCUACUUCAGAAGAUUGGCGCCGUCAUCGCGUCCUUGGCGUUGGGUGCGUUAGGUCUCGCGUUUAUGAUCCUUACCGGGAAGAUCUUUGUAUGGUUGGGCCCGGUCGCAGAGAAAUGGGAGAAAUCGGGUUUGGUCGCCUUGAUCCUAUGGAUCUGUAUCUUUCUCGUCUCAUUCCCCCCUCUCGUGGGAUGGUCGACGCUGGGAACUAUGUGUGGAUUCAUCUUUGGAGUGUGGAAGGGAUGGUUGAUCUACGCCACGGCAACCGUGCUGGGAUCGACAUGUUCGUUUAUUGUCUCGCGGACGAUUCUGUCCAGCUUCGUGAACCGUCUGAUGGAGCGCGAUAAGCGAUUCGCCGCGCUGGCCUUGACUCUGAAAUAUGAUGGGCUUAAGCUUCUAUGCAUGAUUCGCCUGUGUCCGCUGCCCUACUCCAUCUGCAACGGUGCUGUGUCUACAUUCCCCACGGUGCAGCCUCUGAUGUACGGGCUCGCGACGGCCAUCAUCUCUCCCAAGUUACUGGUUCCUGCGUUUAUCGGCAGCCGAGUGCGUCUUCUCUCCGAGAAGGGCGAGGAGAUGAGUGCGGCCUCCAAAGCCGUGAAUAUCUGCAGCAUCAUCAUUACGGUCGGCAUUGGGAUCUUUACCGGAUGGUAUAUAUAUCAAAGGACUUUGGCCCGCGCCAAAGAACUUGAGGCUAAAGAACGCGCUGAAAUCCGGCAAUCUCUCCAGGAUGAUCAUGCUGCGGGCCGCCUGCAUGGCGGGUUCUCGGAGGAUCCAGAUGUCAAUGCGGCGGCCUUUUCGCUUGCGCAGGACGAGGAGGCGGGUCUUGGGUUCAAUGACUUGGAUGAUAAUGUUGAUCUGGCAUUGGACGACAGCGAUAGUGACCGCGGUCGGGGGAAGAACAACCGAAGGUCAUACCAUGAUGAGUUCACGGAUAAUGACUCGGAUGUGUUUCCAGCCGAUGGAGAAGAAGCGUAUGGGCUGCACCGGUCCCGGACUGGUCUUUGA